GCUCCGACUCCGACUCGUCGUGGAAGUUGGACCCGGACGCGGACACGCAGCGGCCGGUCGGUCGGUUUCUCGCCUGACGCUGGUCCCGGAGGAGAGCAGCAGAUUGUCGGUGCCGUCGGCCGCAGAGGAGGCCGCUCCGCGAUGGAGAACCGGAGACCGUGAGACCAGAACCACCUGCCCGCUCACACAGGGAGUGUUCCCGGGGAACUUUGCUCCCGUUGAUCCGGUUCCGCCAGGACCAGGUACCGGACCAGGACCAGGACCAGGACCAGGUACCCGACCAGGACCAGGACCAGGAACAGGAACAGGAACAGGACCAGGACCAGGACCAGGUACCGGACCAGGACCAGGUACCGGACCAGGACCAGGACCAGGACCAGGACCAGGACCAGGCGAUGGAUGCAGAGAGCGGCGAGCUGUUGUUUCUCGGCGGCGGCGUGGCGGCAGACAGCUGGCAGCUGGACGCUCCGCUCUCCUGCUCUGAGCUGGUCUACGGCGGCUCGGAGAAACCCCUGCAGGACUGGGCGGUGGACCCCGACUGUGCGACGGCAAAUUGCGACAGCGAGUCGGAGGACGUGCUGCACGCCGUCGAUCCGAACGAGGUGUUUCCCAACGGACCGCCAGCGGACCCCUCGUCUGAGAGCGACAGCGGCGUCUCUGAGGAGCCAGUCGUCGAGAGUCCCGUCGCCGUGGCGACAGAGGCGACCGUCUACCAGGUGGUUUAUGACAUCAGCGGGCUGCGAGGUGUGAAGGCUGAACCUGGACGAGAGAACGUCAUCUCCAUAGAGCUUGACGAGUGGAGUUCCCAGAUGUUGUUUUCAGACUCGUGCAUCGUGAGCGAGCUGCCGCUGGUCGCCGCCCCUCUGAGCACCGACGACGACCUGCUGAACCCGGAUCUCCAGCUGACGGAGGAGGAGCAGAAGCUGCUGAACCAGGAAGGAGUUUCUCUGCCCAACAACCUUCCUCUCACCAAGGCCGAGGAACGAGUCUUGAAGAAAGUUCGGAGGAAAAUCCGCAACAAGCAGUCCGCUCAGGACAGCCGCCGCCGGAGGAAGGAGUACGUGGACGGACUGGAGAGCAGGGCGGCAGCGUGCUCAGCACAGAACAAGGAGCUGCAGAGGACCGUGGAGCAGCUGGAGAAACACAACAUGUCUCUGCUGUCUCAGCUGCGACGGCUUCAGUCUCUGAUCAAACAGACGGUCAGCAAGGGAGCCCAGACCAGCACCUGCUUACUGAUCAUCCUGGUCUCUCUGGGUCUGAUCAUCAUGCCAAGUUUCAGUCCGUUCCGCCGCAACACGUCUGUGGACGACGACUACAGACCAGUCGGAGUUAUGUCCAGAAACAUCCUGACGGACCCGUCCUCGUCCUCGUCCUCGUCCUCGUCCCAGCCGGCAACAGACGAGGUCGAGAGUCCGGCUGCUCAGCCCGACUCCAUGUCACCACCUGCUGCUGAUGCCAGCCAAUCAGGACGCCCGCAGGGGGCUGCGGCCCACCCCCGAGAGCCAAUAGAAGACCCUGUACACCCAGGUGUUGAUGGUACGGCCCGGGAGGGGAGCCAUAAAGGAAACGGCUCAGCUCUUGUUGCCGGGCAGACUGAACCGCCGGACCUCGGCCGGAGGUCAGCGGCAGGAAGAGGAAGCCGCGAUCCGGCCAAACCGGGACACGCCGACGAGAUGUAGACAGACGCUUCCAGCUGCAAGAGCUGAGCUGAACUUCAGAGCGAAUGGAGGUAGUGUCGGGGCAUAGUCACGGUGGCUGAGGGCGACUGUGUGGCGCUGUAAACACAUGACCAGCAAGGAAGGGGCGCUCUGAUUGAUCUGUGCUGAUUAGCUUCAGCAGAUAUCUGUCGGAAAACAGUUUUGAUCGGAAACAGUGAGACAAGCAUGGCUGCCCGGUUUCAUUUUGAUCUCAGAGGAAGGAAGUCCAGCUCCAAACCAGAGCCACAGUCAAACCUGUUGUGAUCCUCGCUUCAAGGAACAGUUCACACUUUUUAACAACAUGCUGAUUCUCCGAAAAUCUGUACGACUCCUGUUCCUGCACGUCAAUGUUCGUCUUCAGUUGUCCUCAGGUUUGGAUGGAUCCUGUUGAAUGACAGUGAUUUCAUUGUGCUCACAUUUUUUUGUUUUGAUUUUUUGAUUGAUUCAGAUAUUUUUUUAAUUUUAGCUGAACUGACUGUUUUACAAAACGACAAAUUAAAUCCUCAAAGCAUCCUGGCUUUGUAACUGAGUUUGAUUACGAUUUUUAUUCCUCUUCACUACGAAGCGGCGUUGUAUCAUCACGUGUCCAGGUGGAGGUCGGCUCAGGUUGUUCUCCCAUGUUGCGUUCACACACAUCGACCUCUGCUGGGCGCCUCCAGCACUGGGGGAUUCGGUGACGUUGAACUACGGAGGAAAAGUCCGUGAUGCACUGCUUUGUUUUAGUUUUUAUGAAUAAUGUUAAACACUUCGGACAUGAAUCAUUGAAAGGAAUUUUAAAUUAGACGCAAAGAAAAAAAGAAUCUAUAUUCAAAGGUCCCCCUGAGUUAUUGAAUAUCUGCUUCCUUAAAUGGAUAAUACUUAUUUAUUUGUUCCAUUAACAGGAUGAAAACUUGUCAUUGUGUAACUCUGUGUCCUGGCGCUAUGUGGCUCAGAUAAAACCUGGUUUAAAUAGUGUGGAUCAGAUUAAACCUGGUGUAACGUGGCUCAGAUUAAACCUGGUGUAACGUGGCUCAGAUUAAACCUGGUGUAACUAAUGUGGCUCAGAUUAAACCUGGAGUAAGUAAUGUGGCUCAGAUUAAACCUGGUGUAACGUGGAUCAGAUUAAACCUGGUGUAAGUAAUGUGGUUCAAAUUAAACCUGGUGUAACGUGGAUCAGAUUAAACCUGGUGUAAGUAAUGUGGCUCAGAUUAAACCUGGUGUAACGGGGAUCAGAUUUAACCUGGUGUAAGUAAUGUGGCUCAGAUUAAACCUGGUGUAAGUAAUGUGGCUCAGAUUAAACCUGGUGUAACGGGGAUCAGAUUAAACCUGGUGUAACGGGGAUCAGAUUAAACCUGGUGUAACGUGGCUCAGAUUAAACCUGGUGUAACUAAUGUGGCUCAGAUUAAACCUGGUGUAAGUAAUGUGGCUCAGAUUAAACCUGGUGUAACGUGGAUCAGAUUAAACCUGGUGUAACGUGGAUCAGAUUAAACCUGGUGUAAGCAAUGUGGUUCAAAUUAAACCUGGUGUAACGUGGAUCAGAUUAAACCUGUUGUAAGUAAUGUGGCUCAGAUUAAACCUGGUGUAACGGGGAUCAGAUUUAACCCGGUGUAACGGGGAUCAUGUCCAUGUGGGAGUUACUGGCAGGUGGCGUACAGACUGGAGCAACAGAAAGCGUCAGACAUAUGUCAACAAGGAUCCAGGAAUAGUUAACAAGUUAACAAUGGACAGCAAUUCGAUAGCGUGGUUCGACAUGGUGGAUGUGGAAGUGCAUGACUCCGAUGACCUGUUGAAGGCUGAACUCGAGCAGGCAGAACAAGAUCUUGCGAGUCAGGCUAAGAGGGUCAGUGAGCUCACCACUGAGCUGGGAAUGAAGACCAAAGAGAAGCAGAAAUGGUUCAACGCAGCUGGAGAGGCUCACCUUGAUGUGAUGGUCAGUGAACUCACCACCAUGUUGGACAUGGAGACUGAAAAGAACAAGUCUCUGUCAGAGCAGGUUGAGCAACUGUCGUCAGAGCUGCAGACGGAGCGGAACUGGAGCCUGGAGACGAUAGACCAGAUGGAGAAACAACACCACUACCAUCAGCAGGAACUUCUGGAGGCAAAACAGUGCAAUGCAGUUCAGGUGGCCCACCUUCACGAAUUUGUGGGCCUGCAAAAAUCCAACUUCGACCUCAAUUACAAGCUCCAGUAUGAGAAGAACCUCAAUAGAGCUCUUCAAAGAGAAGCAGCCAGACUCUCUACUGACCUGGAGACAGAGAUUAAGAAGAAUAAUGAUCUCUCAAGACUGGGAGAGUCUGUUCAAGCUAAGCUACAGAAGGAGUGGACCUGGAAGUUGGAGCUGAUCGAUCAUCUCCAGGCUCUGAAAGAGGCCAACGUCGAGACAGAGGAUCCUGAAAGCAACCAACCCUGAGAUCCUCACCAAGAUCCAGGCUGAGUAGGACGCAACAGCAGGAGGAGUCAACGACCAACCAAGACGUCUACAUCUCAUGGCGUCAGCGACUUCCACCAGUAACAGCUGUACGUCGCAGGGUGGCACAAUGAUGGAAUAAGACAUUAAUGUAAUUUAAAAAAAGGUUUUGUGUGUAGCUGCGUAAUGAUCAGUGUCACGUGUGAUGAUGUGUAAAAAGGGCAGGAUUGUUGAAAACAAAAUGUUCAAGUUUAGGAAAAGUAGGUUUGACAAGUAUUAGAACUAUAAAGUUUGGUCAUUAUGUAUUUUGUACAAACUGGAAUAAACGUUCAAAGUCUUUCAUCAAGAA